UCAACUGUUCAACCCAUUUAAUAUAGCCUCCCUUAAAUAUUGUGCCAUCCUAUCCCCUUAUUAACUCUUUCAGUUCACUGCUCCUGCCCUCUUAUUCUAAACCUCUCCUUUUCUCUUCCAUUAGACCCAAAAUGCCGCUUCACUCGGCGGUAGCAUUGUUUUAUGCCGCAGCUUCUCUUUUCGCCAUUGCUGGCGCCGAAGAUCCCUACAGGUUCUACAGCUGGAAUGUUACGUACGGUGACAUUUACCCUCUUGGCGUUCGUCAAACGGGUCUUCUCAUAAAUGGGCAAUUCCCAGGCCCUGAUAUUCACUCUGUUACCAACGAUAACCUCAUCAUCAACGUCUAUAACAACUUAAACGAAUCUUUUCUCCUCUCCUGGAAUGGAGUCCAACAAAGGAGGAACUCGUAUGAAGACGGCGUGUUUGGCACAACCUGCCCUAUUCCACCAGGAAAGAACUUCACAUACAUGCUUCAGGUGAAGGAUCAAAUAGGGACUUUCUAUUACUACCCAUCACUUGGAUUCCACAAGGCAGCUGGUGGUUUUGGAGGGAUCAGGAUCCUUAGUCGCCCACGAAUCCCAGUCCCCUUCCCUGACCCGGCCGGGGAUUACACUGUGCUCAUUGGCGAUUGGUACAAGUCCAAUCACACGGUUUUGCAAGCUCAUCUGGAUGGUGGUAAGAAGCUACCUUUCCCUGAUGGAGUCCUUAUCAAUGGUCGUGGACCUGGUGGUGCCUCCUUCAAUGUUGAACAAGGCAAAACCUACAGGCUUAGGAUAUCAAAUGUUGGACUGCAAAAUUCUCUCAAUUUCCGCAUCCAAAACCACAGGUUGACGUUGGUUGAAGUGGAGGGAACACACACCCUGCAAACGACCUAUUCUUCCAUCGACCUUCACCUAGGCCAAUCGUGCUCCGUUUUAUUCACAGCUGAUCAGCCUGCACAAGACUAUUACAUUGUUGCCUCUACACGCUUCACCAACCCUGUUCUCACCACUACUGCGACCCUUCGUUACAGUAAUUCUGCUGGUCCUGUCUCUGGUCCUCCUCCUGGUGGACCCACCAUCCAAAUCGACUGGUCUUUGAACCAGGCACGCUCUAUCAGGACUAACCUUACAGCGAGUGGACCAAGGCCUAACCCUCAGGGCUCUUACCACUAUGGUCUCAUUAAUACAACCAGAACCAUCAGGCUUGCAAACUCUGCGGGACAAGUUAAUGGGAAGCAAAGAUAUGCAGUUAACAGUGUUUCCUUUGUUCUGCCAGAUACUCCUUUGAAACUUGCCGACUAUUUCAAAAUUGGAGGAGUCUUCCGGCCUGGGAGCAUAUCAGAUAAUCCUUAUGGUGGAGGGAUAUACCUUGACACUUCAGUUCUGAAUGCUGAUUAUAGGGCUUUUGUUGAGAUUGUAUUUGAGAACACUGAGAACAUCAUACAGAGCUGGCAUCUCAAUGGCUACUCUUUCUUUGUCGUUGGUAUGGACGGAGGGCAAUGGACAGCAGCUAGUAGGAACGGAUACAACCUACGUGACGCAGUUGCACGUUGUACUACUCAGGUGUAUCCAAAAUCAUGGACAGCCAUAUAUGUGGCACUUGACAACGUGGGGAUCUGGAACUUGAGGUCUGAGUACUGGGCAAGACAGUACCUUGGGCAACAGCUUUACUUGCGUGUAUACACAGAUUCAACAUCUCUCAGGGAUGAAUACCCCAUCCCCAAGAAUGCUCUCCUCUGCGGUAGGGCAGCUGGCCGAAGCACCCGACCGCUCUAAGCCACCAUAGGAUAAGGAACGUUGGGUGGUGGAUGGAUGAAGAUGAUUGAAGAGAGUAGAGUUUUGCCUCUAAUCUUAAUAUAUAUAUAUCUUUAAUUAUAUAAUAUAGCUCAUUAUAUUGUGCUUAGCAUGUAAUAUUCAAGUCUAAAAUUAAUGGACCUCAGCUCGAGGUCGCAUUCUUUUACUUUAGAUCAGAUCUGUAUUCCCUUUGAAUUGUUCAGGUUUCCAACCAUAAAUUGUUGGUACUAUCUUAUUGUUAUCAUAAUUGGCGUGUUGUUUAAGUUCAA